AUGAAUUACAACUACUACGGAAACUCCUGUGGAGGCUGUGGCUACGGAUCUGGCUGUGGCUAUGGAUGUGGCUAUGGCUCUGGCUGUGGAUAUGGCUCUCGCUAUAGCUGUGGNUAUGGCUCUGGCUGUGGAUACGGCUCUGGCUGUGGCUCUGGCUGUGGCUAUGGCUGUGGAUGCAGCUCUGGCUCUGGCUAUGGCUAUGGGUACAACUCUGGGUGCUGUAGCUACAGACCCUUUUCCUACAGGAGGUGCUACUCCUCUUUCUGCUAA